GUGAAACAAGAUGGCCUAGAACCCGCUGAAAAAAUCAACUUUUUCACUUCCUUAUUCUUGCGUGAUCUUGUGUCGUUCGUUCCUGGGUUUUACAGGAAGUUAUCAGGAACGCAACUAUUUUUGGCUAUAUAUGUUAAUACUGACAAUACGGCAACACUUCUAAACAGCUGAUGAUUUGUCAAAAUUAUCCGUGCCUGCAAUUGUCUGCUGCUCAUGUUUUCGUAAGACAUUCGCUGGAGGAUUUAGAAAAUAGAACACACUUUCUUCCAAUUAUAUUUGUCAUCCACAUAAUAAGAUGUCAUUAACCCCUGCAAGUGGCAUUGGCCGGUACUAUAAGCAUUCGGCGAAAAUUAUCCGCUUCGUGCGCCAGGGCUGCACAAACCGUCCCUUCUAUCACAUAGUUGUUAUGGAGCGCCGUAAAAAUCAACAUCAGCCCGUAAUAGAACAAGUUGGCAGUUAUGAUCCAAUGCCCAACGAGAAAAAUGAACGUUUAGUUUCAUUUAAUUUUGAACGACUUCGCUAUUGGUUAGGUCGUGGAGCCCAUUUGUCAACACCAGCAGCCGAGUUAUUGGGUAUAGCUGGUUUUUUACCAAUUCAUCCACGCACUUAUAUGACCGCCUGGCGUAAUAGGCAGCUAAGCCCAGAGGACGCUCAAAAUCAAGAAAAGGAUCCUGUUGCCGCGUAACGCGAAAAAAACUCAGUCUGCAUUUAAAUAGUUGAAAAUAAUAAAAUUUAACAAAACCUAUUUAAAUACAUACUUAUGUACAUGUAGGUUUUUAAUUUGA